UUUCCAGCUCCGAUCCACACUUACAUACUGGGAGCAGCGAGUCAGGAGACGGCGAAGAACUUCCCUAACUCUGAUGGAUCUGAACUGGCUGAAAACAUCACAUAUUUAGGUCGGCGCGGCGUGUUCACCGGAGCGUCCGGACUGCAGCUGGCCUACGUCAGCGGCAGAGAGGCCCUCCAGGAACCGGCCCCGGCCCACUGCUUCACCUCCAAGGACCUGUCGGCGCUCGUCACGUCGCUGAGCAGCAGCUCCAAGUUCAGGGGCGUGGACAUCCUGCUGACGUCACAGUGGCCGCGUGGCGUGUGGCACUAUGGAAACAACCCGGAGCUGAACACAAAGUCUUGUGGAAGCGGCUCCAUCGCCAGCCUCGCUGAGAAGCUGAAACCGCGUUAUCACUUUGCUGCACUAGAGGGCGUUCACUAUGAGAGGCUCCCAUACAGAAAUCAUGUGGUUCUCCAGGAAAACGCUCAACAUGUCAGCCGCUUCAUCGCCCUGGCAGCCGUCAACAACCCCGCCAAGAAGAAGUAUCUGUACGCCUUCAACAUCGUCCCCAUGAAGAACAUGGAUCCCACGGAGCUGGUGAAGCAGCCUCAGGAUGCAACAGAGAAUCCCUACAGACGCUCCGUGAAGGACAAGACGGAGACAAAGAAAGCUGCGUUCAGCACCGCCGAUGAGGAGGAGCCGGCCAGUCAGUUCUUCUUUGACCUGAGCUCAAAGGAGGGCGGGGAUUCUCGCGGCAGGAAGAGGCCCUGGGAUGGAGACGGACGAGGACGAGGAGGAGACGGGCGUCACCACGGCCAGCCCAACCAACCGCGCCGGCAACGUGAGUCUAAACCACAAUAUAUGAUCCUGUUUUUAUUAAGAUGCUACCUGGCUCUGGCUAAAGGCCCUCUGACCCCCCGCCAUGUGCUCAUCCUGCCCAUCGGCCAUUACCAGUCUGUGGUGGAGCUGAGCUCCGAGGUGGUGGAGGAGAUGGAGAAGUACAAGACGGCCCUGAAGAACUUCUACAAGAGCAAAGGAGAACGCUGCGUGGUGUUUGAGAGGAACUACAAGAGUCAACAUCUGCAGCUGCAGGUGGUUCCUGUUCCACUCAACCGCUGCACCACCGAGGACAUCAAGGAGGCCUUUAUGGUCCAGGCUCAGGAGCAAAACAUGGAGCUGAUGGAGAUUCCUCAACACACCGACCUCAAACAGAUUGCUCCUCCAGGAACUCCUUACUUCUACGUAGAGCUGGACUCUGGGGAGAAACUCUACUACCGGAUCCAGAAAAACUUUCCUCUGCAGUUUGGAAGGGAGGUUCUGGCCAGCGAGGUAUUGCUGAACAUCCCAACUCGAGCCGACUGGAAGGAGUGUAAACAGAGCCGAGAAGAGGAGGAGGACGGCUGCAAACGCCUGAGAGACGAUUUCCAGCCGUACGACUUUGCCUGGGAAGACUGAUGGAACACACGCCCGUUUAACAGUAGAUGUGGGGACAUUCGGUGCAGAUGCUUCAGUGUCGGAUCAACGCUGGGUCGUCUUUUUUAGAUUUAAGGUGGAAUUUGUAAUAAAAAUAUUAAAAUGUCUUUUGUAUGUUUUU